CAAAACAAGUGCAUUUCAGCAUAGCAGAUCACUCUGGAGGGUUCAGAGCCCCCAUGGAUACAGGGCCCCCUUAAAGCAGCAUUUUUGGGGGCCUCGAGCGUUGGCAAAACCAGCAUUUUACAGCAAUUUUUUAAGCAUGAUUUCCCAGAUCGCCAUAUUACCACGAGCAGGCGAACUAUAUACCGAAAUUGUUUGGUGUGCGACACAUGCAUACGGGAGCUGAUGGUACUUGAUGUUCCACCCCAGAGACGUUUUCCCGCCGACAAUUUUGCUGAGUGGAAUAACGGCCAUCCUCUGGGGCUGCGAACAGUUCAUGCUUACGUGCUGGUUUUUGACAUGGGGAACUUGGAAACCUUCCAGUACUGCCGUACAAUAAGAGAUCAAAUUUUGGAUAGUUUUAGUCAUCGUGAUUUUAGUAUAAUUGUUGUUGGUAAUAAAUUCGAUACGGUCACCGAAACAAGUGCUAAUUCUCAGGAGCUUAAGGAUAUUUCAACGCUCGUCCGCAAGCAUUGGAGAUGUGGCUAUGUGGAAUGUUCUGCUAAGUAUAACUACAAAGUUGGUGACGUAUUUCGUGAACUAAUGGGCUGUACCGCACCUGGUUGCCUUGCUAGCGCUGAGUUUUCUCCAUCAGUUAGAAACAAAGGUCGAUGCAAUAUUCUCUAGCAAUUUUGUUAUAGGUUGAAGAUGUUUAACAGUUACAAUAAGUACAUUAGAUAAUAAUAUGUAUAAUUAGAAGAAGAGCGGAAGAGCGCUUUUGUAAUUUGUUCUUGUUGAAAUAUUGAGUACUGGUUCCUUUGAGUUUGCUCUCCUUGUUUCAUGUUAUGCUGCUUGAAAAUAGGGGUGGAAUAGCCGCCCAUGGAGUCAUCCAGAAAUGUUACUAAUUGAUAUUUGCAAUUCUGAAUAAAAUAAAAGAAGCAAUAAAUUGCGCGGGGCGAAUUUUAUGCAAGUAGACAUUGAAUAUGGUUGAAUUGUUAUUUUAUUACCAUGAAUGUACAUAUAUAUAUAUAUAUAUAUUUUAAAAUGCAUGAAUUCACUUGCAAUAGGUUCAUGUUAAAAAUCCAGUCGCCGUUGAGAGUUUGCUAUAUCACUUUCGAUGGUUGAUACCAAGAAAUUUAUUCUUAUCCUUAACCUUUUGUAUCUAAAAACUACAUCAUUUCGUGUUUUAGUUUAUUCAUUUUGAAUCAGUCAUUUAUUUCUUGCAGAUAACAAUUAUAUAUCUUUUGCAAAUUUAUUUAAAAGUAUAAUUUUUAUCUGAAGAAUGUUUUGGCAAUGCUGAACUUAGUAGAGGGUUCUUCGAACGUUUAUUCCGUGAAAGUUCCCGGGGUUUGUAUGUAGAAUAUGAAUCUACGUCGAGCGGUUAAAAAAAGUUUGCAUAAGAUGACCAACCGGUCAAAAUAGAUAAACAAUUUAUUAGUAAAUCAAGCACAAUAAUAAAAAUAGAAACACACAAAUAGUCGAAAAGGAGAUUAUUCCUCAAUUUUAAGUUUUAUUCGUGUGAAUCUAUCCUGAGAAAUUUUAUGAGGGUUUUAUCGUGUAACGAAUAUGGAUAAACUGGGUUGAAGUUUAUCUCAAACUUCACCAAUAAAUGGUUUCAAAGGUGAAUGUACAAUACAUGACGCGGUCAGUUUAUUUGAAUUCGACGAUACCUCCGUAGCAAAGUAAUGAAUUAUAAUUAAACAAUUCUGUUAAUUCCUCAUUUGUUUUACGUGUUGGAAGAGUAUCCAAUGAAUGAAUUGUCUUUUUGUGGGGUCAUGAAGACGUUGCAAAGCUAAUUUAGUUGUGUCUGGUUAAAAUUGUAACAAUUUUUAAUGCUAUGGAAACUUCGAAAUGGUUUAUCUCAAUUUUUGUUUUUUUUUUUAUUUAGAGAAUAUUUUUUAUAACAAUUUCUCCAGAGGAACAUUUUGUAGUGGAAACUUUAGUACAAUUUCGGCCUAUUUAAAAAAUGGUGACUUAUUUUUUGGACAUAAAAUAUAACCCACCCAAAUAAAUUGUCAUAAACAUAGAGAAAUAAUGAGAAAUUUUAUUCAUUUUCAUAAUCGUGGAGAAAAAAGAAUUUAUUAUUAGUUCUGGUUUUGACAUUUAUGAAAUUAUUAGAAACUACAAUGAAAAGUAAAUACAAAUACGCACAAAAACCUUCGACGAUUUCGUUCUAGUGUUAGUGACAUUUCGAAAAAUUUAGGCAAAUUUAGAAAAACGGCAGCCAUUAAAAAAAUGUUAUCGAAUUAAGACAAAUGGUAUAGACUAGAUCUUUUGGAAGCAUGUACCUACAUAUAUGUACGUGGCGUUUGAAAAUAUGGAAAAAAGAGCAUCACCAAUUUGACAAUGGAAAUAUUCUCAAAAUUUCCAUCUAAAAAUCCACAGGCAAACAUAAUGUUAAAACCAAAGGCUGACCCUGUAUAUACUAAAUUACGUGAACGUUAUGCGGUUAAGUGAAUAGGUACAACUAGACAAAAUAAAUUAAUAUUCAAUAAAAUUAUGCUUAUACAUACCUACCUAAUUAUUUAUGAGUCGCCUUAAAUCGUUUGCGAAACGUAGUCGUUGAAAGUCGCUGUAGAUAUAGAUAAAUAUACUUUCAAAUGCGAAUAAUAUGCGAAAAAGUUGAAAAUUAAUUGAUGGUUCAUUUUAGCGAUUGGAUUGACAAUUUUUCUUUCAAGAAUGAAGCAAAAACAGUGUAAACCAAUUAUCAAAGUAAACCUAGAUGAGAAUCUAUGAGAAAUGCCAAACAUUAUAACAUAUUGAGAGAAAGUUUCACAAAACUUGAAGAAAUCGGUAGAACUCAACUUCAAAAUUAUUAAAUUAUGGGAUAAAAUUACGUUGCUAAAAAUAUCUACAAAUGUUAUCUGUUUAUCACAGGAUGCUAAAUGCUAUGUAUAUGCCAAAGAACAUCAAACAAUCAAGUUACAAAUAUGUAUUGCAAUAUUUAUUCUUGUAUCUUUCCUUGAACGACAAACCAGAUAUAGCUUCCUCAAUACAUAUAAAAAUUGAAAGAAUUUCAGGAAGUGCUAAAGGCAUCCGUCCACUCACUCAAACACGUAUCGAUAAAAGGAAUAUUGCUUGUGGAAUAUCCACUCUAUACAUAAAUGGGACAUAAAACGUAAACAAACGAGGAUCUGGCAAACGUUGGCCCCAUAGACUCUAAAAUGUAUGGAAUUCAAAUAGCCGCCUUCCAAAAUACUCCAAGGCAAGCUUCAUUCCUCUCGUUACAAACACGAGUAUAAAAAUUGAAAGAACUAUAAAAAACUCAUUGGAAAGCAGCAAAAGCGAACCAUUUUUGAACCUUGCUUGCCCGUAUUUCAAAUAUAUAUGUCUGCCAUGUUUGCUACCAUAAAAUUUAAGUGGAUGAAUGCAAACAGGAUCCGUACAUAGUACGUGCCCUAGAGCGUGAGAACUAAAUAAAAGAAAAAUAUUUGAGAUUUUACUUUUAUUGGAAAUGCUAUAAUUUCUGCUAAUAAUUUUCAAAUUCAUGUUUUGUGAGCACUAACUGACUUUCCUGAGUAAGGCGUUGGGAAAUUUUGAAACACUACCUAAAUGUGUACUCUUAAAGUGUAAAGGAUGGAUUCUACGGUGAGAGGUAGAGAGAUUACUAAUAGUUUGAAUGAGACGACUGUGCAGGAACUUUUUCGUUUAUUUCAGCCCCGACAGACAUGGAAAUGUUAUCUAAUCUAAAGUUAAAACUCUCUCCCUUACUUUGUUCUGUUACCGUCUAUUAACCGCGUUUAGGUGGAGUCAUUUUUAUGGUUUUCUCAGCACGUUUUCAAAAAAAGGGUUUAAUUGGUUCAAAAAUUUAAUAAUUUCUAAAAUUAAUUAAUUACAUAGGCAAUUUUUACCUAUACAACCCUAGGUUUUUCACGUCAGUAGAUACAAUUGGAUGCUUUUCUCCCGUGACAUAUUCCCCUCUUGACUCUCAGUCCCAGACUCUGGCCCAUGGAACUACCAACUUGGCCUCCUUUCUUCUACAUGCUGCACUCGCAAUGGCCCUUUCCUAGUCUCCCCCGUUUUGGGCAAUUUAUGCUGGAUAGUUUCCAUCACGAAGUUGAUCGCAUUCUGAACUUCUUUUCCGGUUCCAGCCUCACAUAGAAAAUUCUGUAGGUCUUUCCUCCCGUCUCGCUUUUCAGGAUCUUCCAUUUGGACGGGUGAAUUGUCCAAUUGAAACCUGUAGAGGUACUGAUGGUAUCCUCCAUGUUUCGUGAGAUAAUGGGUGAGAUUAUAGUUAUAGAUUAUAGAUUAUUAUAGAUUAUUCCCUCCAUGCUGUCUCUCCAGCCACUACUUCUCCGUUUUCUUGAGUCUUUGUUCCGUUCACAACCGAGGUCGGCUCGUCGUGAUCGGUUACAAUGGCGAGGCCUUUUAAUCCUCAUCCAGUGUAUCAAUCCACCGUUGUUUCGGCCGGUCGUUUGGUCACUUACCAUCGACUUCAAUGUUCAGACCAAUCCUAGCGAGUGAAUUCUUGUUAACGCGAAUAACGUGACCAUACUGUCGAAGACGUCUUUCUCGCAAUUUUCCCACGAUCAAUGCAAUCUCAUAUCGAUCGCGGAUAUCCUUAUUUCGGAUGUGAUAAAUACGCCUCACGCCACUAGUCCAACACAACAUCUUUGUCCCCAUUACCGCAAGACGACAUUCAUUGUCUUUUAUAGUCGGCCAAUGCUCAGAACCAUAGAGUGCGGAUGAUAUUGCGAUAAUUUUCAGAUUAAAGGCGUUCGUUGAUACGUAGAUCACGAAGGACACAAAUGUGAAACGCCACUUCAUCGAGGUUGCGUUAAUGCAUGGAGCGAUUUCUUAACGCAGUUUUCCUGAGGCCCGAGAUAUUUAAGUCGCUCAGUGCUGGGCAAGUCACUGCCGGUGACGGCGAUUGUGCUUGUUUCAUGGGGCCCGGUCGUCAAAAAUUCAGUUUCAUUCAGAUUCAAUAUGAGACCGUUUUGAAUGAGGCGCUCAUUUCAUUUUCGCUAUGACGCUAGGAAAACAUCAUCAUCAUCAUCAUCAACGGCGCAACAACCGGUAUCCGGUCUAGGCCUGCCUUAAUAAGGAACUCCAGACAUCCCGG